GAGUUUGAUUUAAAACAAAAACAUUUUUUUGAUACGACGAAUAUUUAUGUGAAUGUGUUUUUAAAAAAUUGUUGAAAAAAAAAGAUAAAAAUUUAAAGAAAUGGCACCAAAUCAGAAUUUCGUUUUAACCGAUGCCAGUGGUGAACCGGUCUCGAGAACAUACCAAUACCGAAAAGUGAUGAAACCAAUGCUUGAACGCAAACGACGGGCUCGCAUUAAUCGAUGCCUUGACGAAUUAAAGGAACUUAUGACAAAUGCUUUGCAAACUGAAGGUGAAAAUGUUGCAAAAUUGGAAAAAGCCGACAUCCUCGAAUUGACCGUUCGUCAUUUGCAUACAUUGCGUCGUCAAAAUAUUUUGGGUGUACGUUCAGAGAAUUCAUAUGCUGAAAAAUUCAAAGCAGGUUUUCGUCAUUGUGCCGCUGAAGUAUCAAACUUUUUGAAUGUUGUCGACCAAGAGACAUCUGUACCGAUCAUCAAACAUUUAAACAGUUGCAUGAAUCAUAUGGAACGAAAUGCAAGCCCAAGCAAUGCAAUGCAUAUGCACCAACAAUACGCAAACAAUCCCAUGCAAUCACAACGGCCAUCCAUUCAAAUUCAAUCACCGAACCAAAUAAAUGCGCAUGCCGCUGCUGCUGCUGCCGCACACCAUCGUCAAUCACCAUCCGCCGCUUGGUCAACAAAGGGACGAUCACCAGUGCCAGCACCAAUGAUGCCACAACCAAAGCACCAAAUCAUGUACCCACCAAAUCAUAUUUACGCAAAUCGAUCUCCAGCCACAACACCAGAUUCAAUGAUGGAAUCAUCUACACGCGUUAAUACACCACCAAUUUCGCCAAAAAUCGACAUCGAUGAUUCAUCCGUUUGGCGACCGUGGUAAACAAUGCGCACAUCUGUGCAUGCAUUCAAAAUGUGAUUUGGUUCUUCUCUCAUAGACAGAACAUAAACAGUAUACAAUAUACCAAAAAAAAAAUAAAAUGAAAAAUCAAUAUAGAUUUUUGAAUGGAUCCGAUUGCAUAAGCCACUCAUAGAAGGAUCGUCGUGUCUUCCAAUAAGUUUUCAUUUCAUUUUUUUAAAUUUUCUUUGACACAAAUUGGUUUGACUUUUAUUGUUUAGAGUUUUUAUUUUAAUUCACAUGAUUUUAUUUCAAAGAAAUGAAGCCAUUUAUAAAUGGUAGAAUUUUUUUUAAAAAAUGCACCCAAAUAAGAAACGAAAGUAUCCAGUGAGAUUAGCUUUAAUUAGCUAAAUAUAAUUCUAGCAAAUAAGAUACACCUUUGACUUGUUUCGUUUGCUUUAUUAUUUUUUUUCUAUUUUAAAUAUUUUUUU